UAUUCUCUCAUCAUGAGUUGCCGCCGGUUGCAGAAUACUCGGAGAAGUGGCUCUUACCGAGAAUGACUUUGGUGCAACGGAAAGUUUGCGGUAACCCUCGCUCACGUACGGCGCUUGACGGCAGACCGUGCUCGCAACGCGCAGUGGAGGACCCGUAUAUCAACGGCCGUCGCACAAAACAAGCGGCCCGAGGCACAGAGAGAACUACAGAGAGAGAGUGUCCUGUUGGUGGUUCCUCCUGCGGUCCCUCCUCUCUCGACGCCUUCGCCACGAAGCGGUGGCGGUGGCCGUGUACCCCUUUCACCCGUAUUCAAGGCCCGGCCGAAGGAAGAGGGUAGGCCACAACACAACACACUCGCGCGUCGAAAAGUGCUCCCCGCAUGGACUUGGAAUCACUACGCUCCCCGGCAGCUUCCGCGGAGAGGGCGUGUGAAGGAUGCUGAUCUUGACCGCCGGCCCAGGAUAGCCACUUGAUGAGACACAUCGCAAUGCAUGCUUCAUUGUUCCUCGUCGUAGUGGCGCUCAGCGCCGCUGUCCGCGGCCGCAGCGUUGAUCGCGAAAACGACAUCUUCUCCGACGCGCCAGUGGUGUGCUUCAGGACAGGCUGCGUUCGCGGCACGAGACAGACUGUGAAAGAUCAGACUGUGAAUGAGUUCUACGCCAUUCCUUACGCCAUGGCGCCGGUGGGGAACUUGCGCUUCAAAAAGCCCGUGCCCCACUACGACUGGGGUACGGGCAUCUACAACGCCACCAUCAGGCCACCCUCGUGCCCACAGACGUACUUCUACGCCGACGAGCGCUGGAACAACUAUGACUUGAGCCUCAACGAGGACUGCCUGUUCCUGAACGUGUGGGCGCCAGAGCCAUGCCGCGAGGACGUCAAGUGCUCGCGUCGCCCCGUCGUCGUGUUCAUUCACGGUGGAGCUUUCACGCACGGCGGUUCCGAACGGGCCAGCGCCGACAUGUCGCACCUGGCUGCCGUGGGCGACGUGGUAGCGGUGUCGUUCAACUACCGCCUCAAUGGCCUGGGCUUCAUGUACGGCCGCAACAAGGACAUGCCGGCGAACCUCGGUCUUUUCGACCAGCGACUUGCCAUGAACUGGGUGCGGGACAACGUGGAGUACUUCGGUGGCGACCCGGAAAGCAUCACCCUGAUGGGACACGAUGCCGGUGCCCAGAGCGUGGGGUACCACAUGCUGUCGCCCAAAAGCCGCGGCCUGUUCAAGCGCGCCGUGCUACUGGGUGGCAAUCCGUAUACGAGCACGCCACUGAACAAGCCAGACAUGGCGUACAACCGUGUGCUGGCUGUGACGCGUAAGCUGGGGUGCCUGGACAGUGAGCAAGACCUGCGGCGGAACGCCGCUGGCGUGAUGCAGUGCCUCAAGAGCAAGGAUGCCAGCGAGAUCGCCCACAGCUCCGAGUACGAGUUCAGCCGCGGUCGGAUUUCACUGUUUCCCGUGUUCGGAGACGAGUUCCUGCCCAAGAGUCCGCAGGAGAUGAUGGCAGACUCAGGUAGCUUUAAGGGCAUGGACGUUCUCAUGGGCCUGACCGAGGAAGAGGCCGCAGCGCUGGUUUACUACGGCGGCUACUUUGACGGUGCACCACCGGACGACAUCACGAUGGGCGACGUGCGCUACGUGGUGGGCCUCUACUUCGGCAUGAUGUACAAGCGCAACGCGUCUCCCAUCAUGAGGUACUACUUGAACGGGACCGAGGACGACCCCAGUGACUCUCUCAAAGCCGGAGGGCGGGCGAUCGGGGACGGCGUCACCCUCUGUCCCGGAAACCAAUUCGGCGAGGACCUGGCCAGGCACGGCGCCAGCGUCUACUACUUCAUGUUGACGCAAGAGUCGUCUUUUGGCUCGGAGCUGUUCGGGCCGACGUACGGUGAGGAGAUGCUCUACAUGCUCGGCUCGAUGAACGACAUGAGCAAGAGCGACGAGGAGAAGCAGCUCUCGGAGAAGAUCAUGAAGAUGCUCGGGAGGUUCGCGCGAACGGGGCGGCCGGACAUGCCGACGAUGAUCUCGUCGUGGCCUCGGUUCUCCGAACAGAGCCCCUUCUACGUGUCCAUCUCGGCAAGUGAAGCGAGCGUCCAGGUGGGACCUCGUCUCGAAGAGUGCAACUUCUGGAAGAACUUCUGGAGGCUUCGCGGAGGCAACGGGACGUCACAGGACAUCGUCAUCGGCUGAGCGUUCGUGUGCGCAGAGGCAGCUUCGCCUCGCGAGACGGCGUCAGAGUGCGGGACUUCGUUGCUGGCGCAAAGUGCUCCGUGCCGUCUGAGCGGACUUGGUUUCUCACGUUUCUACGUCAGGCUAGUGUGUCGCCCCUUGAGUUCCCUCCAAGCGGUGCGUACGCCCACCCUAGCAUCCUAGCCUCAAUCAGCUGUACAUUGUUGGCUUGUUUUUAGCGUUGUUGAACGUUUCGUUUGUCGUAUACACAAGUUACUCAACGUGCCGUGUUUUGCUACUGUGCGCGCUCUCUAUUUGUUGCUGUUAUUGUUGUCUUUUGUCGUCGCAUGCAACUUGGAAAUGUGCGUAAGGACGAGUCAUAUACGCCGGAAAACGGGAAAGGAAGUAAAAUCUAAUUAUUGCUUUGGCAUCGUGCGGGUUCACGGAAGAGGGCAUGACUACAGUGAGUGUGCGGCCACGGCCUCCUAUGACAUGGUAUUGGUCUCGUUUCACGUAACCUCGUUAUUGAUAUUCACUUGGAAAAUGCCCAGUAUGUCUGAUGUUUCGAAAAUGUUUGUGUUUACGUAGAAGUACUAAAUGGUGGUCAAUCAUUAAACUAGUUUUCUUGCCACUACGUCACCCAGCCAUGAGUUCAAAACACAAGAACGUACACAACAGGGUGUACCGGUGGAACAAGAAUCAGGUGAACCAAUUUAGUCCUGUAAAAUGUGUUUUCCCAUGAAAUCCAGGGAAAUUUCACGCCAUAUGUACCAAAUGUGGCAUCUGAGAAAAUAAUGAACUGUAGAUUUGCAGUUGCAAGCCUACAACGGCUUAAGUUAUUCCCUGUGUUCCAAGCGAAUGUGCUCACAUUGAAAAGUCGCCUUUAGUAUUACUUUAACGCCACCUAAAGCUUUAGUGUUCUGUCGCACAUUUCGAAUUCUCUUUCAGGGGGUUGGGUAUUACUUCCAGGAGGUUUUGUAGCUCCUGAAAAAGGCGUUCAACCGAGGAGACCGAGUGGAGCUGCAUUUACGUAGAAAAGUGAAGCAUUUUGGUUGAACCUCUGUACAUAAUAAAUCUACUUUUUCAAGUGAAGCCAACCAAGGAAGACGGAACAGGAGCUGAAGGUUCGUGCAAUCAUGUUUUAUGAGGCCAAUGUAAACCCAUACGCAAAUAGCUGCCUUGAACUCACGAUGGCUGAAGUAUCCAAAGAAUUGGCUUUUUUUGUUUAGACUACUUUGCUCCCUCUAAGAGCUCUUGUUAAGACCAAAGUUGACUUUUACCAAACAUCGUGAGCUCGAAAAGACUUCCAUGUCCGAAUAUACCAGGAGUUAACCCCUCUGUAAGACACUCCGGUACUUGAGGGUAUAGUAAUAAAUAAAAAUAUAUGAAAUAAAUAAAUAAAUAAAUAAUCUUGCAGCACCAAAAUACGGCUGAAUAAUAGUACCGAAAAAACCAAAUGAGCGAGGUCCUGUAGGUAUCUGACAGCAGUAUCAGGAACAAACAUAUUUCCGAUAGGUUUAACGUAAAAUAUACGUCCAACCACCCAACGCCAGAAUGUUACGUGACUUUAAAGUCUGAACCUCUUAAACUUAAAAUAGCGAUAUGCCCCAAGAUUGUGGCAUCUAACAUCACUUUCUGUGCGGUGAAACGCACACACGUGGGAUUUCGUUCUAACUCGUCCUUAAAGAAGGAUAUUUUCAGAAAUCCGCAUGUGCCGGCUCUAAAUAUAUAUCAUUGAUGCCCUGCUUUGCAUUUACCACGCUGAAAUAUCAGUCAUUUGAUUUACAAUUGGCUUUUCAACAACGUAUUCAGAUAUGGUUUCUUUCCCAGUAGCAAGAACUACUUUUUCAUACGUCAGCACUACUUACGAUUGCCUAGUUUUACACAACCAUUGUAAUGAAGCACCGUAGAACUAUUACUGCUGAAAUGCAUGGCGCAGCUCAUAAUCUGUGUGUUUUUUUUAAACAGAAGGAGGAUGUUAGCCCGCAACGUAAUCAUACAGUCUAUUGAUCAAAGCUCUGUUUUUCUGAACAAGAUUUGGAGACUAGUUAUACCGCCUACCAAUCUAUGCCGUAAUUAGUAGCAGUGGUAAGAAAACACAUUUUUCUACAAUGUACAUGUUACUUCGAGUUCUUUGUACAAUUGCAAGUUUUUUUUUCUAUAGUCUGGACUCCUUUGAGAGGGACUGGGAGAGUUCAAACGACGUGGCAUGACUGACAGUUAGUUGUGUGCAUCGGUGCUGGAGCGAAAAUAAAGACGUUUUGUUUAGUUUUGCUUUCGCAA